AUGCAUGACUUGUUCGAGGAGUGCGCAGUCCUUGCGGCGGACGCGACGGACGAGGCGGAGGUUAAGAGGGUUAGCGAGCUGCUUGAAGUGAAAGACUGGAAGGGCGUCUAUGCGUUGCCUAUUCCGGGUACAGAGACAAACGAAACUUCCGCGGUCUACCGCUGCGUGAAGGAUCCGUCGAAUCCAGAUGUCACGCAAUUUGGAACGGAGGGAAUCCCCCAGUUCCCUCAUGUCAAAUCUCCGUAUAUGUUGAUGCGGGAGGCUGCCCGCAUAUAUGGCCGAGCGCUGUAUCUCGGGGAGAGGUUUCCCAUUCGAAAUGAGAAGGGCGAGCAGAUCGAGCUCUCGAACUUCAAAUACUUCACGUUCGCAGAUACACUGCGAGUUGUUGAGGCGUUGGGUCGCGCUUUAGAUCAGGAAGUCGGUGUUUCGCUUUCUGAAUAUGAGGCAGAGGGUGACAGCCCUCCUCCCAGCCCAAUGAGGAUCCUCGGUAUUUGGUCUAGAUCGAGAAUGGACUGGCGUCUAGUUGACUUCGCAGCGAGUUACCGCGGCAUCGUGACAGUCCCACUGUACGACACUCUCGGGGAAGAAUCCCUGAACCACAUUAUCACCAAGACCAAGAUGGAAGUCAUGGCAGUUGAAGGGUCGAAGUUGCCAUCUGUACUGCGGUUGAAGGAGUCAGGAUACCCGUUGAAGGCCAUUAUUUCUUUUGAUCCUCCGACGGAGGAACAGUUCCAAGCCUUCGAAGCCGCCGGCAUGCACCUGUUCCACCAAGAGAAGCUCCGCAGGAAGUAUCUCACAAUCGCGGACACGAAGACGCCGGACGAGUUGAAGCCCUCUUUAGCUGACGUCAGCACUAUCAUUUUCACCUCAGGAACAACCGGUCUUCCAAAGGGUGCUGUUCACACCAACGGCUCGUUACUGUCCUUUGUGGGCUCGUACAUGAGUAGCGCUAACAGAAUGCGUGUCUCUGUCGGUGACAGUACGUUGUCGUACUUGCCCUUGGCUCAUAUUUAUCAGCGGGAAGUGGAGCUGGUGGUGACCCUUCUAGGGAUUCGCAUUGCAUACUUCAGCGGAGACUUGCUACGCAUGCCGGAGGAUUUACAGUUAGCCCGGCCAUCCAUCUUCAUCGGCGUUCCAAGGGUGUUUGGAAAGAUUCUCACCAAAAUAAAUUCUGGGAUUAAAGAGAAGCAUCCGUUGAUACAGUGGCUCGCCGGGAAAGCCCUUGACGCCAAGAAGCAUAAAUACGCAAAGGACCCUACCUCCGUCUCCGGAUUUAUACCCGACCUUCUGUUCAAAAAGGUGCGGGCGACAUUCGGUGGCAACAUUAGAACCCUUUCGAUGGGCAGCGCCCCUAUGGACUCGGAGCAGCUCAAAGAAUUGCAGCUUUACCUCUCUGCCUUCAUUUGCGAGGGUUGGGGCAUGACAGAGUCAGGCAUCGCUUUCUUGCAAGACGCGGCAGACGGAAACAAAGGAACCAUUGGGGGGCCUCUAGCCUCUACCGAAUACAAAGUGAUCUCUCUCCCGGCGCUUCAGUAUGAUGCUCGCCAAAGUCCACCAAGGGGGGAAUUGCUGGUGCGUGGCCCCUGCUUAGUAAAGGAGUACUUCUUAGACAGCGAGAAGACGAAAGAUCUAUUUGACAAAGACGGAUGGCUACACACCGGCGACGUCGUGGAAAUUCAGCUUAAUGGAGCCGUCAAGAUCAUUGAUCGAGCAAAGAAUAUCUUCAAACUCGCCCAUGGGGAAUAUGUGGCCCCUGAGCGAUUGGAGAACAUUUAUAGCAACAGUCCUUGGGUUGAUCAGAUCUUCGUCUAUGGGGAUUCACUCGAGGCCGCGUUGGUCGCUGUGGUUGUUCCAUCUGGUGCUGCGAUUCAAAAGUGGGCAGAUGAUAACGGAAAGAGUGCGGUUCCUACCGACAAGCUUUUGUCCGAUAGAUCCCUGAAGGAACAAAUCUUGAGGGACCUAGAGACCCUGGGUCGACAGCAGCUGAAAGGGUUUGAGAUAAUUAAGGGCGUGCACUUAACGAGCGAGCACUUUACCGUUGAAAAUGGUCUUGUGACGCCCACAAUGAAAGUCAUAAGGUCCGCGGCAAGGGACAAAUACCUUGUAGAGAUAAAACAGCUCUACAACGAAAUUGCACAGCAGCAAGCGGAAAAGGCACGAUGA